UCUUAGGGGCUAGAGAGGGCGCUAGCCCCCCCACUUUUUUAGGGCGUGGCUUGCUAUAUUUUGAGUCAAUUCUAUUUUCAACGUUAAUUAAACAGAAGUGUAGCUUGUCUUUAGCUAAAUUAGCUGAUUCAGCAUAGAUGUAGUACUGCUAUGAAGGACUGCCUGGAAAUCGAGGCUAAAGCACCCGGAUACGGAAAAUGUCAGCGGGAGACAGCUGUCACAGCAGCAGCUCUGUCAGCCUCAGCAGCGACAAGAACACAAAGCGGAAAGGACAGAAACUCCUUACCACCUUUCUAAGAUCAAGAACUUCCCUGCAGCCAGAGUCGUCUCACUCCAAGUCUUUGUCAUCUUUUUGUACGUCAAGGUUCGACGAUACAGCUAGUUCUAUCGUGACUGUGACUGUCUCUACUAGUACUACUGCUAGUGAAUCUGGCCCGAAAGAUUCUGUGUGUCAUGCGUUUGAUCCUUGCCGAGGUCCAACUGCUUGUUCUGUGACCAAUGGCCCGUAUCAACCUUGUGCAAAAGAACUGCCGCAUGGGAAAUUUCCUCAGACGAAAUCUGGCACUUGUAAUAGGUCCUUUCAACCACACUGGUACACACAAUUUUGCUGGCUUGAGUACAGCCCUGCAGCGGAUUCCGCGUUCUGCUUUCCUUGUCGGCUGACAGUAAAGCAUAACCUGGAUAAACAAGGUUGUCCAGACCAAGCGUUCGUGAGUAGAGGUUUCAGGAAGUGGAAGUCAGCAGUAGCUGACAUGAGGCGUCACGAGGAAUCUUUGAGUCAUAUUUCAAAUGUUGGAGUGUGGAAGAAUAGCCAACAGCAGGAUGCAACCAGAGGAAGUGUUAUGCAACAGUUGAGUACAGCCUACCAGACACAAGUAGAGCUGAACAGACGCAAUUUACGUAAAAUUUUUGAAGUAAUUUUUUUAAUGGGAAGACAAAACAUCCCAUUGAGAGGCCACGAUGAAUCUAAAGAUUCUCACAACAGAGGAAAUCUGCUGGAAUUUCUUGAAUAUCUGUCACGGUACUGCCCUGACUUAAAACGCCAUUUGGAAGGAAACUUUCACUACGUAAGCCCCAAAAGCCAAAACGACAUGUUGAAACUCAUUGCAUCUAACAUUCAGAAGAGAAUUACGACAGCUGUCAAACACUGCGGCUUCUUUGGACUAAUAUGUGACGAGUCACAAGACAUAUCAAGGAGAAGAGGUUUCUUGGAUUUUGGCCUUUAA